CCAGGCUACGUGCCUCGCCCUCCGAACUCCUUCUUCGUAUUUCGUAAAGAGUACUCACGUCUAAAUGCUCGCGGUCCGAAGGCCAAUCGCUCCAGAAGAAAGUCCUCUGAUGUCAAAAGCAAAGGAUUGUCUCGACGAGCGGGGGACGCUUGGAAAGCGCUUCCCCAAGGUGAAAUAGACUACUGGCAAGCCCGAGCGGAGGAGGAGAAGGUUAUGCAUGCACGAGCUCAUCCAGCGUAUCGCUAUCAACCCAAGAGGAGCAAGUCC